CUUAUGGAGUCUGCCAUGUUUGCCGGCUGCUGGCUCCUCGCGGCUUCUCUCGUGCUCGCAACGCUCGCGUCUCCCCACCGUCUGGGCGCGGCGGCGGGUGAAGGAAGCGAGACGAAGUGGCACGUUGUGAGCGUCAACUCGCUGCUGCCCAGCACGGUCUGCACGCCCACGAAAGCGGCACCCAGCUCGUCGGCGCUUACCGUCGUGCACGGGCACGGCCCGUGCUCGCCACAGGAGUCACGCCGCGGCGCACCGUCCCAUACCGAGAUCCUAGGAAGGGACCAGGACCGAGUCGACGCCAUACGCCGCAAGGUGGCUGCCGUAACUACUGCGGCGUCCAGCUCCAAGCCCAAGGGCGUGCCCCUGCAGGUUGGCUGGGGCAAGUAUCUCGACACCACCAACUACUUCACCUCGCUCCGCCUGGGGACGCCAGCGACGGACCUGCUAGUGGAGCUCGACACCGGCAGCGACCAGUCGUGGAUUCAGUGCAAGCCGUGCCCGGACUGCUACGAGCAGCACGAGGCGCUGUUUGACCCCAGCAAGUCGUCGACGUACUCUGACAUAACCUGCAGCUCGCGGGAGUGCCAGGAGCUGGGCUCGUCGCACAAGCACAACUGCUCGUCGGACAAGAAGUGCCCGUACGAGAUUACCUACGCCGACGACUCGUACACCGUCGGCAACCUCGCGCGCGACACGCUGACUCUUUCGCCGACCGACGCGGUCCCGGGCUUCGUCUUCGGGUGUGGCCACAACAACGCCGGGUCCUUCGGCGAGAUCGACGGGCUCUUGGGCCUCGGGCGCGGGAAGGCGUCGUUGUCGUCGCAGGUGGCGGCCAGGUACGGCGCGGGCUUCUCCUACUGCCUCCCGUCGUCGCCGAGCGCCACGGGGUACCUGUCCUUCAGCGGAGCCGCAGCCGCCGCCCCUACCAACGCGCAGUUCACGGAGAUGGUGGCCGGUCAGCACCCGUCGUUCUACUACCUCAACCUCACCGGCAUAACGGUCGCCGGCCGGGCGAUCAAGGUGCCCCCGUCCGUGUUCGCCACGGCGGCCGGAACCAUAAUCGACUCGGGCACCGCGUUCAGCUGCCUGCCCCCGAGCGCCUACGCGGCGCUGCGGUCGUCGGUACGAAGCGCCAUGGGCAGGUACAAGAGGGCGCCCAGCUCCACCAUCUUCGACACGUGCUACGACCUCACCGGCCACGAGACGGUGCGGAUACCGUCGGUGGCGCUGGUGUUCGCCGACGGCGCCACCGUGCACCUACACCCCAGCGGCGUGCUGUAUACCUGGAGCAAUGUCUCCCAGACGUGCCUCGCGUUCCUGCCCAACCCCGACGACACGUCCUUGGGCGUACUUGGGAACACGCAGCAGAGGACGCUCGCCGUCAUCUACGACGUGGACAACCAGAAGGUCGGGUUCGGCGCCAAUGGCUGCGCCUGAAAUCAACCGUGUUUCGCAAAAGAUCAACGGCUAUAACGUGAUGCACUGAUGCGAUCAUAGCGAUCGUGGUUUAGCUUUCGUAGCGGUGAUCUUGCGAGGAAGGUUUUUAGACUUUCCAGGGUUGGUGUGCACGGUUUGUAUCAAGGGUUGGUUUGCACGUAAUAUGUUCUCUCGUAAUAGUCACCAAUUUAAAAACCCU